AUGCAGCAUUGCAUCGCGGAGAUGCCAAAAAAAAGUAUAAGUUAUUCAAUGGACAUUGUCUCUUUCUCUUUUUAUCUUAAACAAAAAAAGAAUGAGCCAACAAGUAAUUAACACACACGACAAGUUAAACCGUACUGGGGACAAGAUUCCUCUUGUUGGAUUUGGUACUGCUCGUAUCAAGCCUGAAGACGCAGAAGAAGUUGUAUAUAAUGCUAUUAAAACCGGUUAUCGAUUGAUUGAUGGUGCUCUUCAUUAUAAAAAUGAAGCAGAAGUGGGUAAGGCUGUACGAAGAGCAAUCAAUGAUGGUAUAGUCAAGAGAGAAGACUUGUUUAUCGUGGGUAAGCUUUGGAAUAACUUCCACGGUAAAGAACAUGUUAAACGUGUGUUUGACAUUACAUUCGAAAAUUAUGGCUUGGAUUAUAUUGAUCUUUAUCUUGUUCACUUCCCUUUUGCUACUGCCUAUGUUGACCCAUCAGGACCCAUUGGUUUCUUGGAUGCUGAUAAAAAAUUAAAACUGGAAAACUCUCCUAUGAAAGACUGUUGGCAUGAACUUGAAAAGCUGGUUGACUCUGGUCGUGUCCGUAAUAUUGGUAUUUCCAACUUUAAUGUACAAUCUAUUGUUGAUUUGCUUACUUAUGCUCGAAUUCGUCCCUCUGUCCUUGAAAUUGAACAUCACCCUUACUUGCAACAACGACGAUUAAUCAACUGGGCUAAAAAACAAGACCUUCAUAUCAUUGCCUAUGCUUCUUUUGGUAACUCAGUCUUUGAUAACGUUCCUAAAUAUUUGGAACACUUGCCCAAGUUGUUAGAACAUCCUGUGAUCAAGAAAGUGGCAGAAAAGCAUCAACGUAAUCCUGGUCAAAUUGCUUUAACAUGGGCUACACAAAGAGGCAUUACUGUAAUUCCAAAGAGUGCACAAGUUGAACGUAUGAAGACCAAUUUGGAUGUACUUUCAUACAAGCUGGAUGAUGAAGAUUUUGAAGCUAUCAAUGAUUUAGAAGCCAAUGGUCGUUUCAAUGAUUUCUUUGAAAACACAUAUGGUUUUGAAUUCCCUCUUUUCGAAUAAAUAAUGAAUUCAAAACUCUC